UAAUUAAAUUAAAAUAGUCAAUGGGUAAUUUUGGUUGACAUAACAAAAAAAGAGUAUCUCAUAAAAGAAUACACUAAGCUUUAGUUUUUCAGGUUUCAGGAUUUUCACCACUUUUUCACUGAAAAUUGAGUAGUGUUUGCUUGAUUGUAUAUUUAAAGGGUAGUGUAAGUGUAGUUAACCUAAGAAAAUUAAAACAAGUCGUUUUAAUUGUUAUUUUAAAGACUUAUACGCAAUUUUCAAAUAAUACUCUAACCUAUACGGUGUUUGUUUACUAUUAGUGAAAAAUUUAAAAUAAGAUUAAAUAUUGUGAAACAUUGCAAUACUAUUACGUAUGUUUUUAAAAUCCUGUAUUUUAAAAUACCACGAUGUAUAGCUUAAGAUUAUUGACUAAGCACAUCAACCGGUCUCUAAUACAUAAAAGUUUCAUUACAAAUAACAAACCAAAGUUAGUACAAGUACCGAGGUAUUACUGUACUCAAAAUAAUCCUGAUUAUCAACUAGAUGAUAUUGUAAAUGAUAUAUGUAAAGGAGAUGCAGAACUAGAAAAAAGAUUGAGAGUUUUGACACUUGAGGUAGAAGUAAUGAGACAGGAUGGUCGCUGUGCACCAGAUUAUCUUAAAUUGGAUCACUGGAAGCACUUGCUGGAUUUGCCUAGUAGAAAUCAGAGAUCUAAUUAUUUGACAUUUCUCUGGAAAACCGAAAAGAAAAGAGAAAAUCAGAAAAGAAAGAAGGAGGAGAGGAGAAUCGAACUUGAGAACUCACCACAAGAAGAAGAGAAAGAGUAUCCAGAUGAUUUGCUCUAUGGAAUUAAACAUCAAUCUUUAUUCCUACGUAUUCGAGACCAAUCUAUUAAUUAUUUUGAUAAUUAUCGGGCUCUGUUAGCUAUGAUACAUGGUCAAUCAGUUGUCAUUGAUUGUUCUUAUGAAGAAAACAUGGUGUGGAGAGAAACAAUGAAUGCUGCUAAACAAAUGACUUUUGUAUUUGGAGACAACAGAAUACACAAACAACCUUUUAACUUACAUUUAUGUAAUGUUAAUCUGAAUGGGGAAUUUAUGAAGCAAUUACAUAAGAAUAUACCAUCUAUUGACGAACCUUGGUUUCCUCUUAAUAUUCAUACUAAAAGUUACCUAGAUGUGUUUCCUAAGGAAAAAUUAGUGUAUCUCACUCCACAUUGUCGGGAGGAAUUGACAAGUUUUAACCCUGAUGAUGUAUAUAUUAUAGGAUGCAUGGUGGAUAAAAUGAACAAUGAACCUCUUUCAUUAGCAAGAGCAAAAAGAGAUGGUCUUAGAAUGGCUAAACUGCCAUUAGAUAGGUACCUAGAAUGGGCCCCGGGUUCCAAAAAGAACUUGAAUAUAAAUCAUAUGGUUCCUAUCCUCUUGGAUCUAAAUUUCACCGGCGACUGGGAAUACGCAUUGAGACACGUACCCAGGAGAAAACUUAUGGAGACAAAAAUCGUAGCUAUGCAAAAAAAAUUCAACUCCCCCAAUAUAACAAAAAAAGAUUUUCUCAAAAGCCUUCAUACGUCUAAAAAAAAUAAUACACUUAAUUUUAAUGACAGAAAAAUAAAAACAAGAAAAUCUCUGUAUGAUGAUGAAAAUAUAUAAUGCUAAUGUUACAAUAGAAAUAAAAAUAAGAAAUUU